AUUAGCAGAAACAAAAUGGCUGCGCCCAUGAUGAAAAUGUUGGUAGUUCAUAGAAUAGGUUUUUUAUCGAAAUCAUUACAUGUGAUAACGUUACCGCAAAGUAUAUUUAGAUUAAAUGUAUGUAGACACAUGUGUUAUAGGCAUGCAUCGGUGUUUCCUGUUUCAAUCUAUGCAUCAUGUAAUCUAGUUAAAUCAAGAAAUUUCGCUAGGCCUAGGCCUAGAUUUAGCUGUGGGAACUUCAGUCAGUGUCAAAAGUAUUCCUCCCGGCACGAUAGGCCUAGGCUAAGGGAGCGAGAAAAGUUGUUUGGGCCAAGCAACGAAAAUCCUCAACAAAAAGUUUUUGAAGAGCCGAAAACGAAAACAGGAGAUGAUAACACAUUGUUUAUUAUUACAGGUGGAUUAGUAGCAUUAGGAGCAAUUGCCAUAUAUAAGUGGAGUCGAGAUGAAUCAAAGAUUACCGUAUCUGGGUUGAUUUCAAAAGCCUUAGUUGCUGAGAGACGAAACAAUGCUGAAGAGGCUGAAGCAUUGUUUCAUGAUGCUCUUCAACUUGCUCAGGAGACAGAUGACCAGGAAGCUUUUACCUUCACAUUAGAUCAGAUGGCCAAUCUAGCUCUGAGGCGUCAUCAGGAUGAAAAGGCUGAAAAGCUUAUCAAAGACACUAUAAAGAACCUUAUAGCAAACGGUGUAGAUAAAACAGGAAAUGCUGUUAUUGAAUUAUCCAUAAAGUUAGCAAAUAUUUAUUCUCAAUUCAAUAAGUGUGAAGAAGCUGAGAGUGGCUAUGACUGGUGCAUUACUGCAUUAGAGAAUAAAAUGCACAAACCUGAUAACUUGAAUGAUUUCCAAGAAGGUGAUAGUUCCCUAAAGGAGGAGAAGUCUGAUAUCCAAGCACUGCUAGGAAUGAGUUUGGAAAACUAUGCAAAAUUAUUAAGCAAACAAAAACGAUACAAAGAAGCAGAAGAUGCUUAUCUGAAGGCCAUUGACAUCUGUCAGAAUGAUCUCUCAACAAAUGAAAUUAAGCACCCUCAGAUUGUUGUUUUACUUAAUGACCUUGGCACUCUGUACCACAGUCAGAAGAAGUACAAAGAAGCCCUCGAAUGCCUUGUGAAAGCAGUAGAAGAGGCCAAGUGUAUGUCACACCCAGACUUGGCAACAGCACUCUGUAAUUUAGCUUCAUGUCAAAUGUAUAUGAGGGUUUUUGAUUCAGCGAGGGAUAACUUCCAGCAUGCACUUAAAUUAGCAGAAAGGCAGGGGGAUUCAUAUGCUAUAAAAAUGAUUAAAGAUAUGAUGGCUCAGUUAGAGACUGAGAUGUACUUGCAACAUCAGAAGAAGUCAUAGAAACGGCAGCCCACCUCACAGUGUUUAGAUGGAAAUACAGAUGGAAUUGACCAUGAGACAUCUGCCUGUUUGUGGCCUCACAGUCCUAGAGAUAGCAAUUAUCCAGUUUAAGAGACAAGAUAAAACAUUACACUAGUGCCUCAAUCUGCUUGAAGCCUCACUGAUUACUGAUGGCUUUAGGAUGGACAAUAAUCAAUCAAUCUUUUUAGUGCCAAAAUCCAUCAUAAUCCAAGAGACAUGGUAGCCCUAGAGAUAGUAGUCAAGCGCUAGUAUCUCAAGAAAUGGCAAUAAGCUCAAGUGAUGGUAUUCCAAUAGUUGGUAGCCCAAAAGAUGGAAGUACAAAUGAUGGGAGCCCAACGAUAUAGAUUGAGCUUGCUGUGAUUAACAUAGGCUUCAGUAUAAUGAUUGACAAUAAUCAUUUAAUCUUUUAAAAAUUUAUUUAGUGCCAAAAUCCAGUGCAAGCAAUGUUUGUUGGCGCUGUGACAUUGACUCAGAAUGACUCAAUAUUAUUGUUAAUAUUGUUUGUGACUAAGCACCAUCUUGGGGGAAUAUAACAUCAAAUUGUCCCAAUAAAGUGCUGUUGUGAUUUCAAUGAUUGUCUGCACUCAGAGUGUACAUUAAGAGAGUAACAAUACUUAAUAUAAUAACAUUUAAAUAAUAUGCUAGAACUAUAUUGCUUCGUGCCAACUAGGCCUAGGCCUAGGCCUCUAAGCGCUUCAUAUUAUAUAAACCCCUGGUCAUUGAAUCAAGCACAUAUGGAACACAUGCUUAUCUCCCUAGGGGGAAUUCCCUAAUGUUGCAUUUUUAAUCAGCACAUUUUGUUUCAAUCUCCACUUGCAUUCCUGGGUGCAGAGACAAUUAUAGGUAAAGUGCAGCCUUGCCUAGGACAUAAGCGAAAUCUACAGGGAUGGAUGAAACCUCCAACCUCAAAGUUCAGAAGCAGAACAAAAAUCGGUGUCCAAAAGGCCCCUACUUAUAUUAUACUUUAGUUAACAAUCCUGGAUUUGCAUAAAUGGUGGAAAUACAUAUUUAUACAGUACCAAUUGCAAAGAGUGUAAGAAUAAGAAUAUGAAUUCUUACGGUAGAUAAUGGACCGAAAAUUCAAUGGGUGGCGCAGUGCCCGCUGCCUUGUUAACAGGACAUGAAUAGACCAUUGUGGUAUGAUUAGUCUAGAACAUAGGCCCCACAUACAACGUAGCUUGCGGCAUCCCCAUAAGCAAUGUCAUCUUCUAUGUAAAAUCUUGAACAUAGACGCUGUUGAUUGGCAGGCAAAUAGUGCACUGCCCAUGAUCUCUACUGUAGUAUGGCUAUUACUAAGACUCAAAUAAAAACAAAUAUAAUCUAUAAUAAAGCAUUAAAGCCAGGCUCCGGAGGGAAAAAAAUGUGUAUAUGUUGCACAACUGGUUUUUCUACGACACAAAAAGGGUGUUGGUUAAAAAACUCGGGAAAGGGUGGUUAUGCCCCUUUUUGCAUUAACUCCCCCAGUUUUUAAAUAUUCAAUAAUUCAUUUUUAUGACACACUUAGCAUUUAAAAAUCCAAUAGUGAAUCCUGCAUAAUUCCUGACCUCCGUUUGUCAUCAUAUAUCAAUUUAACCUUGCAUAUAUGAUAGAUUUUAUUCGAUUUAAUCCCAUCUCAAUAAACAUACAAAUAUAUAAAGAAAAUGUAGGCUAGCAAGUUAUUCAUAUCGCACGAAUAAACAACAUUAUAAUGAGUA